AUGGCCCAUUCAAGCCUUCUUACGCAGAAGAGGAACUCCAAUUAUCACUUGGUCAAACCUAUUGUACGAGCUUUCGCACUGGGUUACCUAUCCUCAACCGUCCCCAGGAUUAUUCCCUUCACAAGGCGCCUUAGGGAUAAGAAUAUUAGCUGGCAGCAGAAACUCCGAGAGUUGAUUCGAAUACUUACAUACGCUUUGCGCCUCAAUGGCUUCCCAACUGCUUGUGCUACCCUGGUGGGGGGCUCAGCAAUCUUGCCUGUGCUCUGGCGAAAUUGGUGUGAUAGAGCUCCUCCAAGCAGCAGGAAACUUGUUUCCGUAAAUUCGGACCGUUUGGUCCGGUUUACUUCUUCCCUUCUGUCCUCCUUGAUCGCUUUUCAGUUGUUGAACAAGAAGUCACCUCGUCUACAUGACCCCCAUAGCGGAUUAAGUAGGCAAAAUGCGUCUGCUGCUGACGUUCAAUCCGAGGUUAUCGAAGCUCCUCAAUUUGCGGGCAGAACGCUGGAUCUUACCCUGUUUACCGUGGUCAGAGCAGUCGAUGUGAUUUCUUGUCUUGCCUGGGCACACUGGUGUCACCGGCGUAAGACUCAGAAGCGAUGGACGUUUAUAGAAGCCGUCCUUCCAGAACUCUCCGAUGCGGGUGUUUUUGCUGCAAGCUCCGCGGUAGUAAUGUGGGCUUGGUUCUACUUGCCCGACAGGCUGCCAAACUCGUAUGCGAAAUGGAUUGGUGAGGUUGCUAGAGUGGAUAUGCGCCUUAUUGAAGCCCUUCGACGUGCCCGAGAGGGAAUCUUUGUCUACGGAAAGGAUACUGGCCAGGCCCCUCUUCUUGAAUCAAUGUGCAAGGACUAUGGUUGGCCUGUUGAAUGGGGCGACCCGGUGAAGACAAUUCCUAUUCCCUGCGAAAUGGUACACAUGGGCUGCGGUCCAAGCUGUGAACGACAUGCAGUCUUUCGUUUUGCCACAACCUUUGCCUUUGCUUGUGCAACAUAUAUUCCUCUUCAGAUUGUAUUUCGUCUCAGAGGCAAGAAGUCACUUUCUACUUUCACCGGGGCUGUCAAGGACGCGGUGCGGUCUUCUUCGUUCCUAGCCGCAUUUGUGAGCAUCUUCUACUACUCUGUGUGCCUUGCUCGGACUAGAGUCGGCCCUAAGAUUUUGGACUCGAAGAUAGUCACUCCGAUGAUGUGGGACUCUGGCCUCUGCGUCGGAGCUGGAUGCCUCAUGUGUGGAUGGAGCAUAUUGGCUGAGAGUGCCCGAAAGAGGCAAGAAAUAUCACUCUUUGUGGCACCCAGGGCGGCUGCAACAAUUCUUCCAAGAGUGUAUGAGAAAAAGUACCUGUAUCGAGAGCGUGCCGCCUUUGCAAUUGCCGCCGCUAUACUUAUGACUACCCUGCAAGAACGACCUUCUAUGGUGCGCGGUGUAUUUGGCAAAAUCUGCAGCCGAAUCCUGAGCUGA